AUGUCGUCCCCGGAAGCCCAGAAAGCAAACUUCGCGGGUGUCGCCGAUGACAAGCCGGCCGUGGUCGUUAUCGAUGACAUCUCGAAGACGAGCAAUCUCAUCACUUUGGACGAGGCAACCAACAAGCGACUAUUGAGGAAGAUUGACUGGAAACUGAUGCCAGUCCUGUGCUUUACAUAUGCGCUCCAGUACUAUGACAAGGCCACCAUGAGCCAGGCAGCCAUCUUCGGACUCAGGACGGAUCUCGGCCUGCAAGAUGGUCUCAAGUACUCCUGGGCGACUCUCAUCUUCUCCAUUGGCUAUAUUGUCGGCACCUAUCCCAUUUCUCUCCUUGCCCAAAAAUAUCCCCCCAGAAUUGUGUGUACGGUGAUCUGUGUCCUGUGGGCCAUCGUCACCCUCUGCACGGCUGCCUGCACGUCCUUUGGCGGCCUAUUGGCAAAUCGAUUUGCGCUGGGCCUCAUCGAAGCUGGUGUAUCUCCAAUCUUUAUGCUUGUGGUUGGGCUAUGGUAUACCCACUCGGAGCAGGUCUCCCGCUCAAGUUGGUGGUACUCGUUCAGCGGAGGGUCACUCCUGAUCAGCCCUCCGAUCAACUACGGCCUUGGAAACAUCUCAGGCGGCUCUAUGAAUUCCUGGCAGUACAUGUACCUUUUCGCCGGCGGAGUAACGCUAAUCUGGGGAGUGUCGCUCUGGUGGCUCUUCCCGGAUAGCCCCCAGCACGCAAAGGGCUUCAGCGAGGAGGAUCACCAAUUACUACUGGAGCGAGUCCGGGAAGCGUUGCUCGACUAUCAGCUGUGGUGCAUUCUCAUCAUGUCCACUGUCUCGACUACCGGCUCUGGCGCGAUCAGCUCAUUUGGCUCCAUCGUCUUCAAUGGCAUGGGAUUCAGUGUUUACAACUCUCUUCUACUCAACAUGCCUAUCGGAGCGAUGGCCCUGAUUUGUGUGCUGGGUUCCGGUAUGCUAGGCCGGACUGUUCCGGGUUCACGUCUUUACAUUGUCGCUGGAUCUUGUCUCCCGGUGAUCCUAGGUUGCGCUCUAUUAUGGAAACUUCCGGAUUCUAUGACAGGAGGUCGUAUCACGGGCUUCUAUCUUCUCAACUUCUUUUCCUCAGCUUGGGUCCAGUGUAUUGGUCUGGGUACCUCCAAUGUCGCCGGAUAUACGAAGAAGGCUGUGUAUGCCGCCGGCACCUUCAUCGGAUACUCUCUUGGAAACAUCAUUGGUCCGUUGAUGUUUGAUGGUAAAUACGCUCCUCGAUAUGACGAAAGUUUCAUGGGAAUUAUGAUUUGCUUUGUUAUCUGCAUUUUCGUUGCUCUAGGUCUCCGAUGGAAAUUAGCAAAGGAAAACGCCUCCCGCGAUAGGGAGUACGGUGCACCGGAAUUGAGUCACGGGUUGGAAGAUUUGACCGAUAGGGAGAACAAGUCUUUCAGAUACAACCUCUAA